UGCUCUAGUAGUAGUUUUUACGAUCAGUGUUGGUUUUGGUAGAAAAAGUGUGUAAAGUACCUAGAUUUUUCCUUGUUCAAGCCAAUGUUGCCAACAAUCUCCAAUGAAUAACGCCAGCAGGGAAGAUUCGAGCUCCAUCCGAGGAGAAGUGUGAAGAGGGCAGGAUGGAGUGGUGCAGUCCACCUGUUCCAUCAAAUGUCCAUGGUUGCGUUUUAUUGCACGAAACCCGCUGUUAGGAAGAUGUGAAGUGCAGGCUAGUGUCGAGAUCGUGAUUAUUUCCCAACAACCCCAGUGUCAAAUGUGUCGGUGUUAUUUUAUGUUUGUUAUGCAUUCCGUUACAACGUAAGCGGUGAGUCUUGGUUUUUGGCGGAAAGUGUAUUGAUUUAUUCGACGGUAGAAGAUACAAGAGCGGUCCUUAAAAUGGCCCAAUCGAGAUGCAGCACAGUCGGAAAACCCAGGCUGUCUGGAGUGGGGUUUGUGUUGGGCAGUUUGUGUUGUGUCCUGCUCGUCGUUAACCUUGCGGCUACGCAGCUCAUAAUCAAUGUACAAAAUCAGGGAGGAGAAAUCGUACAGGAGACAAUAACAUCCAGCGUCGGCGAUGACACGUGCUCGCUGGAAUUCCAACGGAGCGAUGGCACACUGGUAACCAAGCUGAUCGACUUCAAGAGUGAAGUGCAGGUGCUGAAAGCGCUCGUGCUCGGGGAGGAGGAGCGAGGCCAGAGCCAGUAUCAGGUGAUGUGCUUCGUGACAAAGUUCCAGAAAGGAGAUUUUAUCACGGCCGACGCGAUGGCAAAACUGCGACAGAAAAAUCCCAGCACGAUCCGGACGCCCGAGGAGGACCGAGGGAGGGAAAACUACACGAUGACCGGGUGGAUACUGCUGGACCGUGCCACGCCAAUUUCCCGUCACGUGGCGCCGCUCUGUGCGGAAGCGCAGGAGUCGACGUACGUGCGAGACGUCGACCUGAAGGCUUGGGCCGAACUGCCAGGUUCAUCAAUUUCGAUCCUGGAGUCCGCGGUGAAGCUGUUCCCGUCGGCCAACACCGUCACCGAGCCGUCGCGCUGCAGCGAAGUCAGCGCCAUCUGGGCGCCGUGCGUCUGCACGCUCGAGCUGUGCAUCGGUUGGUACCCGUGCGGCCUGAAGUACUGCAAGGGGCGGCCGGAGAGCGCGCUGCAGAAUGGGGCGGCCGGUGGAAGCUACCGGUGCGGGAUCAAGACGUGCCGCAAGUGCCACCAGUACUCGUACUACGUCCGCGAGAAGCAGCAGUGCCUGUGGGACGAAUGA